AUGACUGAAGUAGCUCGUGAGUUACGUCCAGUGUACAAGAAAUUACUGCGUCUAGCACAAAGUUUACCCGAACCAAAGCGUCAACAGUCGAUUGAUAAAGUUCGUCAUGAAUUUCGUAGUCAUAAAGGUUUAAUUGAUCCAAAAGAAAUCUCAUCGUUACUACAACGUGCACAAUCGUCAUUGGGCUUUUUAAAGAUUGUUACACGUCGUUUGGAUGCUGACUCGGGAGUACAGCGUUUCAUUUAUCGCAAUGGACAACGUAUGGAUGCUACUGAAUUUGAGGCAAAAGAGGGAGAAAAUGCACGUUACAAGACGCAGGAUAUGGAGGCAGGACUUCGACGUCAUCACCAACUACUACGACGUCAACACUUUAUGGACCGGAAGAGUGGUCCUCCACGUCCUAUUUUCUAG